AAAAUUACUUCCUAAAGUGGUUGCUUGGGCUCUCAGGUAGCCUAGAAACUGCACUCUCAUAGGGGGCCGGGCCUUGAGGCCCUAGCAACCGAGCGAGCCUUUGUCGCGUCAUAGCAACGCUUUCAGUCCUCCCUUUCCCAAGGCUUUCUUAUUCAGCGACCCUCCCCAGCCCUCCAUAUGCCCGAGGCCCUCGCUGUUUGGGUGGGCCUGGACUUGCCCUUCUGGCUUAGCGAGGGACAACGCUCUGGCUACGUGUUGGGGGAACAGGUUAUCCACGAGCCAGAUCACCGGGGAGGGACGGCGACAAAGAACGUUUAUUUAAGGAAAAAUAAUAUCAAAACAUUUAAAGACUUUUAAAGCACACCCCAAAUUCCGGGCAAAGAGGGCUGGAGGGUGGGAAAAAUCAUUUUAGUGCGAACUCCAUAUAACAAAGAAGAGAUUAUCCAACGAGGACCCACCACGGAGUCAAUCGGGACCGAAGAUGUUGGACAGGAUCCCGCCAGCUUUUCAGGACAAGUACAAGCAGGUGCUGCCCACACUGCCUUCACUGAGCCAAGAGGAAGUCUCCACUAUCUGGGGGAAUGUUUCAGAUUUUGUGGAACGGCAGCUCACUAUGCACAAGGGGGUUCAGAUUCCUGGACUUGGAACUUUCACUUUCACGAGGCAGAAGCUUGAGGUGGGAAACAAGUCUAUCCUGGUGCUGAGGCCGGUGUUCAUCAUGUCUGAGAAGUUAGUGCAGACCCACGGACUCAAGCAAAACAAAGUGUUUUCUCCUGGUGAUAUUCCAGUUGUCCCACUUAAUUUUGUCAUGAUAUCCCUGGAAGGUCCAUUUAACAGGGAUACAAUAGAAGGAUGUGUUAAGGAGACAUUACUUUUUUUGUCACGAUCCAUUUCUGUCAAACAAAGCGUGGAGUUCACAUUCAAAGGAAUUGGGGUCCUUUCGAUCAGAGACAGCAAAGUGAAGAUGAGAUUUUAUAAGGACUUCCUUUGUACCGUGGAUGGAAGUGGCACCUUGACUAAAGCCCUUGCAAAUAGGCCUGGCACCAUGGACUCAGUGCUGUCUAGCAGAGAGGUCUUUGGAAAGCGUCCCAACAGCGCGCUGGCCUUUCCAAGGAUUGAGCACAAAGAGACGGAGAACAAACCACCCAUGGAGGUCAUUGCUGAGGAAGGCGGAGAGAACAGACCAAGGAAGAUCAAGCUGAAAGACCAGUCGGACAAAGAAGGGGGAACCAGGGAUAUCUCACCAGCCAAGAAACAUCGUGAUAGGCAAUCUACCUCUCCUGGCAAACUGACGAGUGUCAGCCUGCUGGAGAAUUUGGAGCGAAGUGCAAACGGCGGGAAGACCACGGCCUCUGAAAACUUGUCAUCUCCAGGUUGUCAGAGAAAUGGUGAGAAGCCCAGAACAUCUCCUGCCCCAGCUUGCCAGGAUCAUAACAAGGCAGGACAGGAAAUGUGCUAUGUGUGUUUGCAACGAGCACAGCGAAAUUUCCCAUUGUACUACGGAGAGGAGAGGAGGAGGAGAGAGGUGGAAGAUGAGCGACUCAUGCAGCAAUACCAAAUUCUGAAGGACCAGGAGGCUUUCUUCAAAAGCCAGAUGAAAAGCAUGGCCACCAGAGAGCAGAAUCAGAAAAAUGCUGCUUAUAAUCUUGGAGUUGCUGAAGCUAUAAGGAAUCACAAGAAUGAGAAACCUGAAUUUUAUAAAUCCUUCCUGUUUGAUAAACGGCCUCUUAGUCCUGAGAUUAAUGCUUUUAGGCAAGAGGAAUAUUCCCAAAGUCUCCUGAAACAAAUGGAAAGCAAACGGGAGAAAGAAAUAAAGCAAAGACAGAACAGAGAGUUGAUGGACCGCUUGGAACAAGUGCAGCUCACGGAGGAACUUGCUGCACAAAGAGUUCGAUAUCUAAAAGAGAAGAUGGAAGAAACACAGUGCUACAAGAGAGCUUUGGAUACACAGGUAAAGAACAAACCCUCCCAGCUACCCAUGUUUGAGCCCGACUCUGCUGAGCCCAUCUUCGGUAAGAAUGAGGGAGAAAUGGAGGUGGAAAGGCGAAAGCGAGAGCAGAGUUGCAUGAAGCAUCAGAUGGAGGCAGCUGCCAGCGUCAAGAGGAAUGCCAUCCUGAACCAGCUGGUGGACCAGAGGCGAGAUCUGCAGAUGCUUCAGAGGACGCAGAGAGAGCACUCGAAAGACAGAGCUGCUGAGCUGGAUCGCAUGAACAGAGUCAACCAGCGCUUGCAAGAGGACUGGGCCAGGAGCUUGGCAAUGAAGAAGCAGCGGGACCGGGAGGAAAAGGCCUUUGAGCGGACUUCGGACAAGCUGUUCCUCUUGGACCAAUGUGAGAAGUACAGACGCUGCAGGCAGUGCCAGAGGCGCACUUCCAACGUGGGCGAGAGCAAUGUGUGGCCUCUAAACAAGCUCCUGCAGGGCUCGAGAUUGCUUGUGUAGAACUCAAGGUUUGAACCCAUGUUCCUGGGGAACAUUUGUUUGGAGUAGUUGAAUAUUUAUACUCAGAGGUGGGGGGAAAAAAGAUGGUUUUCAAACCCUUUCUUGAAUUCAUGUGUACUAAUUGUUUCCUAUGUGUUCCCUGAACUUGGUCCUGACAGCUGUGAAGGUAUGGGACUAUUCUUAGCCUACAGCCCCUUGCUGUAGGGGCUGGGAAUGGGGCCUACCUUCUUGCUGGAUGCUGGCUACAUCCCAUACCCAUUCCCAGCUGUCAGGAUGCUGGGAAGUUUCUAAGGAAAAGCUCUGUGACUUUUUCUUAGAAACUUCAUAUGUUCCCAUCUGUAAUGAAUAUAUUAUAAUAAAUAUUUUCUAAGUGCUG